AAAAAAAAUGCCGUUCAUUUGGCGCUCUUGAAAGCUUAGAAAGUCAAUCAAAUCUGAAGCUUAAAACUCGCUGCCAUCCUCCUUCAUCACUAUUGCCAUUUCUCAGCAAAGAAGAAAGUGGGAAGAGAUCACAGAGAGAGAGAGAGAGAGAUCUGUUUUCUGCAUAUUUUGAAUAUAGUUUGAUCAGAAAGCCAUGGGUGCUGCAGCUUCGUCAUCUUCGUCUUCCAAGAAGCAUGAAGUGUUUCUGAGUUUCAGAGGUGAGGACACUCGCAGAUCCUUCACCAGCCAUCUCCAUGCAGCGCUAUGCCUGAGAGGUAUAGAGACCUACAUAGAUUAUCGGCUCCCAAAAGGCGAUGACAUAUCCAAAUCACUCAUCCAAGCAAUCGAGGAUUCAAGCAUCGCUGUUGUAAUCUUAUCCAAGGAAUAUGCCUCCUCCAAAUGGUGCUUGAAUGAACUCGUCAAGAUCCUUGAGUGCAAAGAGGUUAACGGACAGCUUGUGGUUCCCAUUUUCUACAAAGUGGAGCCAUCUCAUGUACGCAAUCAAAGAGGAUCUUAUGAGGAAGCAUUUGCAAAACAUUCGAGGCAAAACCCAGAGAAGGUGGACCAAUGGAGACGAGCCCUUUUUGAAAUUGCAAGUUUAGCUGGUUGGGACUCUCAGAACUGGAGAACUUGACGAAUUUAAGGAUGAUAAUCCUUCAUGGAUGCAAACAAUUGAUAGAGUUGCCAGAUCUCUUGACGGCUCAAAAUCUUGAACGAGUUUAUCUUUCAUGGUGUGAAAAUUUAUGCCAUCUUCAUCCAUCUAUUUUAUCACUCCUAAGAUUGGUUGAUUUGGAUCUUUAUGGAUGCAGAAAGCUAAAGAGUUUGAAAACUGAGAGUCAUUCAAAAUCUCUCAAACGCCUAGUUGUUAAUGGUUGCUUUAAUCUCAAGGAAUUUUCAUUAUCUUUUGACAAACUAUUUUUUUUAAGGCUAAAUGAAACAGGCAUUGAGAUAUUGGACUCAUCAAUUA